AUGGAAUACAUGAAUUUUGCCUGGAUUAAAGAGACUCGUCCAAAUGACUGCCCCCCUGGUCCCAAACCCCACACUGGGGCUUCAGGGUCAAGCUUGCAGGUGACAUCUGGGGAACGGCUUCGAUCCUUGAAAUCUAGUCUUCGUACACUUUCUGGUAGACCCUACCAGCAGCAUCUCCUUGGCACAUCACUUCCUCAUCUGGAGAAAAAGCCACCGGUUCAAAACCCUGUGAAGACCAGCAGCCAUAAGGACAUCCUGCCCCGUAUUCCUCCAGUUAUCCACAAUGCUCCUCCUGUGAUCCCGCCACUCAGCGCUGACGAUAGGCCUCGGACCUCGAAAUUCAGGUCCACAGUUGAGAACCUGCCGGAAUGCGUCAACAACAGGACGAGUGCGGGACCCUACAUUGGAGCAAAGUUACUGCCCCUAACACCAAAAGAGGCACUGAAAAUGUUCAGGGAUAACCUCACAGAGUUUGAGCGGGAAGAAAUCACCAACUUCCCGGAAAUAUACUACCUUGGUCUCGAUGCCCAGAAGAUCAAGGCAGUUGAAGGGACUGCCCAAAAUAAUGGCUUUGAUGAUGAGAAUGGCACGUACAUCAAGGUUUUGCAUGAUCACCUUUAUUACCGCUAUGAAGUUCUGGAGGUAAUUGGAAAGGGAUCAUUUGGCCAAGUCCUGAAAUGUAUGGAUCAUAAGAACAAAGAACUGGUGGCUCUUAAGAUUCUUCGCAACAAAAGAAGAUUCAAGCACCAAACCCUGGUUGAAGUCAAGAUCUUGGACCUGUUGGGCAAGAAAGAUCAGAACAACUGCUUCAACAUUAUUCAUAUGAAGGAGCACUUUAUGUUUCGUGAUCAUUUAUGCAUCACCUUUGAGCUUCAGGGGGAUAACCUUUAUGAGACCAUAAAGAAGAACCGCUAUCAGGGCUUCAGCCAAGCCAAAGUGCGUCGCUUGACUCAUUCCAUCCUUCAGUGCCUGCAGGUGCUUCAUAAUGAGAGGAUAAUCCACUGCGACCUAAAGCCGGAGAACAUUGUCACCCAGAACGACUCGGAGAACAUCAAAGUGAUCGAUUUUGGAUCUAGUUGCUUCGAUCAUGAGAGAGUGUACUCUUACAUCCAGAGCCGCUUCUACCGUUCCCCUGAGAUCAUCCUGGGUUGCGGCUAUGGCUUGGAGAUUGAUAUGUGGAGCCUUGGCUGCAUCGUUGCGGAGCUGUACACCGGCGUGCCCCUCUUUCCUGGCGAGAAUGAGCGGGACCAGCUUGCCCUCAUUAUGGAGGUGCUGGGGGUGCCUCCGGAGGAGGUGCUUCAGACUGCACCAAGGAGGAAAAGGUUUUUCGAGCUUUAUGGUAAACCAAGGCCCUACACCAGUAGCAAGGGCAAGACCAGAAAAACUGGCUCUAAAGAUCUGGCCAGUGUUCUGAAGACCUCGGACCCGCUCUUUUUGGAUUUCAUCAAGGGCUGCCUUGCUUGGGAUCCAAGACAGCGGAUGACUCCGGAUGAGGCCCUGCAGCAUGGCUGGUUCAAGGAGGCCCAAAACAGGUGCCGGACAAGAAUCCGGACAUCCAGGAAGACGGUUGUGGUCAACACCCCUCCCCCGUCAGCGCCCAAGAUGAUGCCCAGUCCUCCUAAGGGCACUGAGAGGCAGGCCCCACUGCUUGCCGUCUACAAGGUGACGAUGUACCCCAAGGAGGCGAUUGGGACUUCCUCCAGGCAGGGGAUCACAAAGGCCUUGAGAUCAAUCACACCAGCGGCUGGGAAGAACCUCAUGCAGGUGCCUGAGAAAUCCAUCUCUGGCAAGACCUACAAGCGGGGCUCUGGGAAGACCAAAAGGCAGAGCCCCGGGAGGGACAAGCUGGCUUCUCCAGACCGCCACUCUACAUCCAGGUCAAGGAUCAAGGUCCCCAGCAGUGGUGGCAGCAGGUGUGAGGUGGCCAAACCAAAGUCGGCCAAAGUUAUCAUCCCCACACCCCCCAUGGAUAACAGACCUGGAUCUUUACCAAGUCUGGCCCCGCCUCAACUGAGAGGCAACAACUAGGGCUCUGUUUUGAGGGUGGUAAGGUGGUAUUGAUUUGCCCAUCCUUCUCGUGUGUAUCCAUUCUUGACGCAAAGGGCCUCGAUCCACCCAAUUUUCAGGAAUAUUUGGACACACGGGAGAUAUUGACAACUUAACACCUAAGUUACCCCUCGCCCUCAAACUGAAGCCCUCCAUUAGGCCUACUGGCGAUAGGGUCAAGGAUGAUGCUUGAUUCGUGUGUGUGUGUUAAGGAAAUCACAAUGCUAUCACACAGCUGAUGUUUGUUAAGAAAUUAAUGGAUAAAUAAUUCAACCAAACCUUCACACCAUGCUAAAGCGGAAUUUUAACAUUGAGUGCGUAUCACUGAAAGUGAUCUACGCACCUCUGUAAUAUAAUUAGGUCUUCCUUUAUUACCCAUUCUUUGAAUUGGCCACUGAACUACUGAGUGCGGAUCAUUGUUUUUGACAUACGCACCUUUGGUUUAUAUUAUCAAUUCUAAAAAUAUAGCAUUUCUAAAAUUCUAGAUUGAUGGCACAAGACACUGAAUGCUGAAUUCUGAAGACAUUGAGUGCAGAUCAAGCGUUGGGUCUAUGCACCUUUGUAACAUAAUUCUGUCUUCUUUUGUCACCGAUCGUCUGAAUAAAACCACUGAGUGCGGGUCAUUGUUUUGAUUUACGCACCUGUGGUGACCUGAGUGAAUGUGAUGUGAUGUGAUGUGAUGUGACGUGUUAUGAUGUUUUGAACAAGCAACAUCAUUGACCUUAUGCCCUUGUAAAUUGUCAAACCAGAAGUAUAGACACAAUUAGACGCCCUCUUCAUCAUAGACCCAAUUUGACCCCUCACAGCAAUGGAAAAGUUCAAUCAAUCUCACUCUUUUGGCAUCCCUGAAUGCACCUGUUGUGCUUGACCAUCAUAACAGAGUGACCCCUCCUCUUUAGUCCCCCACAAUAUCCCCAUCUCUCCCCAUGGCACCAUCCAUACGAUCCACUUAAAAUAACAGUUCCCCAUA